UUGUGAUUGAUUGUUUAUCGGUUGGUUGCCUUAGAAAUGGAAUCAGACGACGAUUUGGUCCGAGAUGAAUUCUUUUCAACUCUCAAUGCGCACAACGAAGAAGAAUCAAAACAAGACUUUGCUUCAAGUUUUCUGGACGGAUUCCAACAGCAAGGUCACGAAAUCCACAAGCGAAGCACAGUAAAACCCUCUAAAAAUCCAACUCACGACAAAAAGUAUUCAGGCAGGCAAACGACUAGAAGAAAAAUUGGACAAGAAAAUCAUGAAACUGUAAUCGAAAAGAAAAUAAACAAGAAAAAUGAACAUUUUGGCGAAGAAUUUUCCGAUUACGACUCGGAAAAUUUUGAAGAACUAGAAAAUUACGAACAACUUGAAGAUGGCAAUAUCGAAGACGAUGACAGUGAAGAUGAUUUUAAUGACUCAGCUGAUAAAGAUAUGAGUCAUAGGCCACACAAGAAACGAAAAGUGGAAGUAGAUUCAGCUAACAGCGAUGACGCAGAGUCCGAUUCGGAAUCAUUAAAUGAUGAUCAAAAUGAAGAUGACGAAUUAGACGAAGAAGAAGAUGAAAGCGAUGAUGAAAAUGAUUCCGAAGGAGGUUCCGAUGAUUGGGUAGAUCUCGAGAAUGUCGAUGAUGAACCGAAAAGUAAAAGAAACAAAAUCGAUAAGUCGUUAAAGAACAGUUCAAAAUCAAAACAACCAACAUCUGAAAUUUCGUUUUUCACCGAUUCCUUUGGAAAAAAGAAAGAUACCAACAACGUCGCAGACUCACAGCGAGGCCUGGCUUUGAAGAAACAGUUGACUCUAUGGGAAAAAUACUUUCAACUUCGUGUUUUGUUACAAUCAUCAUUGCAAGCAGCAAAUGAAAUUCGGCCAGCAUCUAUCGAAAAAAUUUCAAAGGACAAUGAAAAUUAUUGCGAGCUUAUGAAGAAUUUGGAUUACGUACUUGAAAAGUUUUUGACAAUUGCUGAAAAAUCUUUUGAUUCAUUAGAAUUGAAAACUGAAUUAGAGCUGGACAGUUCAUCAAGUUUCGAAGAGCGAAUCGAACGUUUGAGUAAAACUUUAAUAAACGAAGGUCCUAAUUUGAUGCAGUUUUGGAACGAUAAAAUUAUGUUAUCAAUGGGAAAACACACUCAAAGAUCAAGCUCUUUUUCGGGUACUAAUAAAAAUGCAAUGACUGCACAAAUAGAAGGAGUUUUAGCCGACAGGUCACGACUGCUAAAACGAACGAGAACGAAACGAGUGGAAUACAGCAGUUCGGUUCCCGACGAAGAAAUACCGGACGAUGAAAUUUAUGACGAGUACGAUUUCUAUCAGAACCUGGUCAAAGACCUCAUCAGUAGUCGAUCCUCUGCUACCAAUCAAUAUCUAAACCAGCAACAAAAUAGCAACUUGAAACUGAAAAAUGUAAAAUCUAUUACGACACAGCUUGUAAGAAAACACAAAGCCAUUGUGUUUGAUAUACACGCCAAGUUGGUAGGCUUUACAGCGCCAAAGCCCUCGGCGGAAGAUUGGAGAGAUGAUGCUAUAGAUUCUUUGAGUUUAUCUAUUUUUGGCAAUUAAAUAUCGCGUAAAAGUUUUUGAUGUUGUCUGAAAAUUUUUGAUAUAGAGUACAAAAUUUCAUUC